UUAACUCCGAAACUUAAUCCGAAAAAUUAUUAUACUGAUUUUGUUCGUUUAGGGUUUAGCAGAUUUUCUAUCAAUUCUCCGUGAUUUCUUAGACUAAAUUUUGGUCGCAGAUCAUAUUAGUUAUUGUGAUCAUCAAUUGAGUUAUAGUGGAAAAGUUUUUAAGUCUCUUAAGAUCAUAUAGUAGUUUUGGAAGAAUGGCGAAGAAUUGGUUUGAUGCAAGCGAUUCACAAAUAAUGAAUGAAAACACUAAUAGUUUUGUUGGCAAAAGAGUGUCAUCUUCUACCUCAAACACUUCACUUGUCACGGUCAGUAAUGGCCUUACAUCGGCAUCGCACGAGGAGGUUCCUGUGACGGUUGGAAACAAUGGUAUGGAUCAUUGUGGAAGCACACCUGUUGCUCCGCGCACAAUGGGCCUUACUAUGGCUGAGACAUUGGUUCGGGGUUCACCGCGUUCUCACGCGCCUGCACAAAUAUCUGAUGGUGCUCAGAAGCUUGAAGAGAUUGCUCUUAAGAAAUCACGGCUAUUAGUCCCUAUGAUGCCGUAUAUGCCAAGAUCCAUGGGCGCUAGCUCUUUGGUGAAGUUGAAGGUUAAGACAAGCCCACAAUGGCAUCCUAUUUCGCAUUCUGGUAAUUCCCAUGAUUUCAAUGCUUUGCGAGAGCUUAACGGUGGAUCUUUAGCCACAAAGCACAACUUGAGAUUUAACGGAAGUAGGACGCUAGCCACAACGUCCAAUGCUACUUCCACUUCUUCUAGUAGUAAAAGUGUUUCAACUCCUUCUGCAUCCAUAACAUUGGAGAAGAAACCUACUUUUCAAACCCAGAGUAGAAGUGAUUUCCUUAAGAAUCUAUCGAGGAAAAGUGCCUCAAAAGAUGCGUCUCGAGUCCUGGAGAAAUCUAAAGCAAGCACAGAGAAUGAGAUUAGCUGCAACACUCCGGAAUCUAGAGAUUCAACUAAUGAAGAGCAACAAUAUCGCGCCAACUUUAUUUUGAGUUCCGAAGAAGAAGAAAUUGCGUUCUUGCGUUCACUUGGGUGGGAGGAAGACAAUAAAGAUAAUAAAGAUGAUGAAUGUCUUACAGAAAAGGAGAUACAAGACUUUUAUGAUAAGUAUGGGAAAUUGCAAUUGCAAUGAUUUGGAUAUGAUGGAGCAGAAUCGGGCAAUCAUAUGUCUAUGUGUUAAACAUUUUGUUUAAUAGACCAUUUUGUAUCACAUGAAUAUAUGUUGGAUUUUUAAAAGAGAAAUCAUACUCUUACGACUCAACUUGA